UGCAGCCGGCCGAGUGGGGUCGUAGGUGUUGCGGCCGCCCUCGCUCGGGCUAUUUAACCGCCUCCCAUCGGGAUUCAAACUCAGAUUCGUCUCGAAACCGCGACCACGCGGUGCCCGGUCGCUCGUUCAGUAAUAUACGCCGGCAGAUGCUCGAGCAGUGGCCGUACCUUUCGGCGAAACCUAACCCCUCUCGAGUGACAGCUAAAAAUACCGAUUUCCGAGCACGCUGCACUGUCCGACCGUCUAUUUUCACCUCGCGCUCUCCCGGCCAAUCAGGAAACGUCGAUUUGGAACCCUUCGACGAAAGCCUCGACGCUGAUUGGCUGCCGCUCCGACUGGUCGCUUCCCGGGCUCUGAUUGGUCGAGCGCGUGGCUAGGCGCGUCGCAUUGGCCGAUCGCUUCGGAGUGACCGUGUACGCAGCUUUGAAGUGUGUGUGAGGUUAUUCUACCGAUUCGAUCGGCCAAAUCGCGAGGACGCGCAUGCAACCGAGAGCCCGCGUACGUGUACGCGCGCAUACAUGGGUCCCGAGGUAGAUCGCGGUGCUUUUAGGUUAUGAGAGUCGUCGAGUUUGUUUACGUGGCUGCGUCUCGCUAGGGAUUUUUCGGUAUGUCGCACCACUUUAUGACGGUGUGCAUGGUGUGCGUUCUGUGUGCGGCGCAUAACCCCUGCUCAGCGCACAAUAUCUUCUCGUCGCUAUGGCCGUCCUUCGGUUCAGCCAAGAUUCAGAGUGCAAACUCCGUUGCAAAUCUGUGGAGCUCUUCCCUGGGUCUGAGUGAUUCGCAGUCUCCAGUUGAAGCAAGGGUGGCUCGUUCGGUGAGCUCAAACAUUGCUGCGGAGAAGCAGGACUUCCUAGGGCAGAAUGCAGCUCGCCGUGAAAGACGGCAUCUACGAAGGGAAGAAAGACACAUUGAGUUGGAGCCUUUGCCAUACUAUGAUGCAGACCUUUCAGAGCGUCUCGCAGCAGUGGAAGGUCAUGACGAGGACAGUGAAAGAUACCGAGAGAUUAUGGAGAGGCUCGGACAACCUGAGGUGUUUAACGAGAGAUCAAACUCUCAGAGGUGGGAGUACAAUGUGGGGAAAGCUAGAGGGAGGACGAGAAGAGACGCGGAGAUCGAUCGGCGGUACUUCAUCAGGAAGGUUUUCGAGGCCUAUGGAGAUGGAAAUAGCAUGACCCUUAAGGGUUUCGAGAAGCUCCUUCGAAGACUUGGACUGUUCAGGCUGUCGAAUGCAUUCGACGACAGGGAGAGCCAAAUCAGGACGGAUCAACAGUCUGGAAAUCGAAUGGGUGGAAUUGUCGAAUCGCGGAGCAGCAACGACCUACGCAAUGUAGAUACAACGAAGUCAAAGCAAAGGUGUCUAAGCAGUAGAGAGCUGUUGGGUUCAGUGUUGGAGGACCCGUCGUCCAUCUCAACGGUGAACAAUAGUACAAUAUUACCUGAAUGGCUAUUCGAACGAGUCUGUCCAGCCUUGAUUUAUCAGUUAGCCGAAGAACCCAGUUCUGACAGGGCUGGCUGCGUACUUGUUCCUGAGAGUUACCAGCCUGCCAUGAUACGUGGCUACGCUCCAGAAGAAAUGUCACGGAACAUGUUUCAAGUAUGGGUCUACUCGACAAUAAGCAUUUUAAUUAUUAGUCUCUGUGGUCUCCUUGGUGUAGCAGUGAUACCGGUGAUGGGCAAAAGCUACUAUAAUCAACUAUUGCAGUUUCUAGUCGCACUUGCCAUCGGUACCCUUUGUGGUGAUGCGUUUAUACAUUUGUUACCCCAUGCAAUGAUGUCACCAUCUUCUGAACGCCAUGGUCAUGAAGAUGGCUUCAUGGAUGCGGAAGAAGAGGAAGAAGAGGAUCAUAAUCUAAAUAUGUGGAAAGGUCUUGUGGCAAUGAUGGGACUCGUUAUGUUCUUCUUUACCGAAAAGGCUUUAACUAUGAUAGCGGAAUGGAGGAAACAGCAUCAGAGACGUAGCAAAUUACCGCCACGUGUAAGAGUAAUGAGAGAACCGGAGGGGCCGAAUAGUAACACAGUUGGUGAGAAGUUGUGCAAGCACAAAUAUUCAUCGUAUCCUUAUUGUUAUGGUGAAAUUACAACCGAUGCACAAGAUAAUCACAAUUGUCAACAUUACCAUCACCAGCAGCCUCCAUCGAUCGAAGAAGAGAAACCGCUGACUUCGAAUUGCAACUCGGUGUCUAACAUCGUGAAGAAUAAUCACGAAAGGAAGGGAAGCGAAGACUGGAAGUCUGAUGAGCCAGUAAGCCAUACCAAGAAAAGUCCGGAUGGUGCUGAUAUACCUCUUAACGAGAUGGAUAGUUACACCGUGAUCAUACGGGAGCACGAAAAUAAGCAUCAUGGUCAUACUCACUCGCAUGGUCAUGUACAUUCCGCGCCAGACUCGAUGUCCAGUGUAGCUUGGAUGGUAGUGAUGGGGGAUGGUCUCCACAACUUCACAGAUGGAAUGGCUAUUGGUGCUGCUUUUUCAGCGAACAUAGCCGGUGGCUUUUCGACUGCCAUUGCCGUCUUUUGUCACGAAUUGCCCCAUGAAUUAGGUGAUUUCGCAGUUCUAUUGAAGGCAGGCAUGACUGCGAAGCAAGCCGUGUUCUACAAUUUACUGUCUUCGGUGCUUUGCUUCUUCGGUAUGGUGUUUGGUGUCUUAAUUGGUACUGCUCCUUCGGCGAGCAGCUGGAUGUUUGCAGCUGCUGCUGGCAUGUUCAUAUACAUAGCUCUCGUAGAUAUGAUUCCAGAAUUGGCGUCGAACCACUCACCGGAGGGUGGUUCGCAGUGGCACUUUGUACUGCAAGCUCUGGGAUUGGUCACCGGUCUGGGGAUAAUGCUAAUCAUAGCCCUCUACGAGCAUGACCUCAAGCACAUAUUCAGCGAUUAGGCUUACGAAAGGAAGCCAGCCUAGAAGCAGAGGUUCAGUGCAGAAGUGGAUCGAUCCAGUUAAAAUCUACUUAGAACUGCGAGAGCCGUCGGUGUCCUUUUUGGUGACGAAAAGCUGCCGAUUUCGAUCUAAGGAUACCUCUCUUUUGAGCAGCUUCUGAAACUAGUUUCUGCAUAGCAAAUAACUUCUCUAACCGUAGAAGAGUGUUAGCACUGCACCGAACGAAGCACUUGGACACCGAUCGAGGCACUCUGGUGGGAUCCAAAGCCUAUUGGCAGUUUUCUGGCUCCCUCAACUAUUGGAUUCUUUUCCACACCUACCGCGGCGACAAAGUGCAUCCCGUGAAGAUGCGGUUUCGUUAUCUGAAUAACGAAUAAGUCGACUUCUUAAACUUAAGCUAGCUCGUAGGUUCUACGAUUCGUUUGGUGUGAGUUUUAACUGUUCUGGAGUUAAGAACUCAUUUACAAUUACAUCAAACUACGAGGAUGGAAUUGUUCCGGAAGUAUCAAAUUCUUGGUCGAAGAGCAUCGGGAUACGGCGAAACCGAUUGGCGUACGAUAGCUGUCUUCGACAACGAAUUCUAAGCCCCGAAGAAGUCAUACGAGUUUACGGAGACUAUUGGUAUUCUGCGUUUCUCCGAUAGCUGCAUGGGCCUCUGUCGGAGAAAUUUGAAAAGCAUGAAUUUUAAAAAUUCAUUAUUAGGCGAAUCGGAUGCUCCGGAUCUCCAGGUUGAAUCCUUGAUGGAUACGUCCUGGAGGUAAUAUUCUCACGUCGAAGAGAGCACUGGGGUAUCGAACGAGAGUCAAUGCUGCUUUGGAAAUAAUUAUAAAUCCUCCGAAGGAUUUCUUACAAAGUUUAAUCAUUUUGGGAAUGCUUGAACGAUCAAGAAAUACCAACAUCUUUCUUAGCAAACAAAAUAUUAUUGGACCUCGUUUCGAUAUCCUUGUGCAUCCUUCCGAGAAGUAUUUGAGCUACAAUAAAAGUGUUCGAUGUUUAAGUAAGAUAAGUUUACACUAUCUGUGUCGAUGCCCUAUAGGAUAACUUAUGGUUCGGUGUCGGAGUCAAAUAAAAUGAAGAUACAGGGAAGGCAAGAACAGUGAGGACAUUUAAUUAUAAUACGGAGGAACUUGACUGUUUAGGCCGAGUGAUGAACGGUGUUUCAAAUUGUACCGGAAUUGAGACAAAUCAUUGACGAAACAUAAAGGGAAGAACCGAUCUAGAAGCGAGUAUACAAUUCCCACCGAAAUGGCGAAAUCUAGGUGUAAAGGACUCGUCGCGUCCCUCGCUAAAGCAGGACUCUUUUUCGAAUCAGUCUCAGGAGUUUGAGGAAUUUCGUCGCUUAUCGCGUACCGCUAAGGGUGGCGAUCUAAUGCAUUGAACGAACGCUUCCAUUAGUUCGGUAGUCCUCGAAGAAAUAGGAAAAGUGUUUUGGGAAGCGAGCCACAGGGACAGUCGAGAGACCAUCUUGGCCCGUUCGGCGAGUCGAAUAUAAUAUUUCAGAUAUUCUGUCGCGAGAAAAGUCUACGUCAGCUUUUCUAAUAAAAUUCGUCCAAGUUGAUUUCGGCUCUCGGUACAUUAUUUAUAAACGCGAUAUUUGAAAUUGGUUUAUCGAUGUGGAUCCGAAUUGGUCACAUUGGUCAUCGAUUGGUUGGCGACCUCGUGGCCAGGAUGGCCGAUGAGACUGUGAUUAUUGACCUUGAUCGUUCACUAGUUGAAGUCUAAGGCUAUGAAUUGUUUUCGUUUUUAUUAUGCAUUGCUGAUGUAUAAACCGGAAGACUCCUCGAAACGUUCAUACCGAUGUUUAGUUGGUUAAUCUUGUAUCAAAGAGUACCGUGUGGCUUGUCAAAUUCGUUUCGCUUGAAGGCCUGCGAGAUUAACAUUUAAAUUGAUCGACCAUUUCUUCUACGUUUCGUUUAAAAUAAUCUCGUUCACUUAACAAUUAAGAAUUUAUCAUCCUUGAGAGAAGGAUGUCAUUUGUGCUUGCCACGAGGAAUUUUGCACUUUUCCGCACAUGUAACUGUCUCCGAAGUGGCUUCUAUUCGUCGAUUCGGAACAACGCUUUCAUUUAGAGAACUUGUUUAAAACAUUCACAAUCAUCGAGCGAAGCUAGAUCGAUCACUUCUUGACUCUGAUUUUUCUUUCGGAAAUUGUGCUUACUAGGAUCGAUGUUGUUCACCGAUACCCUGCGUAUUUUUUUCUUUUUUCUUAACUCGAAUUAAAUAAUUAUUUUAUGUAGUUUCCUCUUUCCGAGGACAUUCUACAGUUUCCAUCAAAGGAACGUGCAUUUUGGCGACAUUAGAACAGAUGAUGUAGACAGAAUAUAUGUAUAUAUAUAUUUUUUUUCUUUUAGAGAAUUUCCUAUGGGCUAACAGAAAAUAAUCGUAUUUAUUCAGAAUUUUCCCGUCUCGAUGAUACUUUUAUAACGAGGUCCAUAAUUUCCAUCAGCCAUGCUUUAUAUUUUUAUUACACUGUAAAUAUACAUUUUCGCCGGAGGAAUUUUGUACGUGCUCAGACACGAGACGAUUCGUUGCUUUUAUUAAGAUAUUCCCUCAGGGAAUGACGUUUAUUGUACAAAUAGUUUAACCGAAGUAUUGUUGCAAGGCGAGUGAUCGUGUAUUUUCGUUCAGAGAAUUUUGUACUUGUACAAUUUAAACGCUAAUUGUUUCAUUCGGUUUCCUUUUCUCGAGAACGAUCCGUGGUUUCUAGGAAGUGAGCGUGCAUUUUAAAGAGACUAUUCGUAAUGACAUUAAUUGUACACACGCGAGGACAAGAGAACGUUUCCCAAAA